GGGCGGAGUUCAAAAUGUACCUGCUCCGGGAGGGAGGAGUAGGGGGCGGAACCGAGGCUGACAGCGAUGAGGAGUGCGGUCACACCCGGAGCUCCCGGCCGCCUCUGAUGGAGCUCUUCCAGUCCCAGGAGCAUUACAUCGUCCAGAGCGGGGACCGGGCCUUGUGGUGCAGCCGCCGGGAUGGGACUCUGUCCACCCGACCAGCCACUGACCUGCUCCUGGCUUGGAAUCCCAUCUGUCUGGGCUUGGUGGAAGGAAUAAUCGGAAAGGUACAGCUGCAUGCCGAUCUACCUUGGUGGUUGCUUCUCAUCCGCCAGAAAUCACUCAUUGGUGUCCUUCCCAAGGGCCAUGAAAUCUACAAAAUCACCAAGAUUGCUGUCAUUCCGCUGUCCACGGCAGAGCCACAAGAUUUGGAGCUUGAUCUGUGCAAGAAACACCAUUUCGGCAUCAACAAACCAGAGAAGAUCAGCCAUUCUCCAGAUGACUCCAAAUUCCUUCUGAAGACCCUCACACAGAUCAAAUCCAAUGUCUCUGCUCCCAAUAAGAAGAAGGUCAAACCCUUUAUUUCUCCCAGCAUGCAACUGAAAUGUGGUGGCCUUAUUGUAGGUAGAAGACAAAUAAUGAGGAGUUUGGCCAGUGUGUGCUCUGCAGGGAGAGUGGUCUGUGUGGGAGGUUCCUCCAGUGCAGGUCUCUGUUGGGUGCUUGUGUAA